AUGGAUAGUAGUCUGUCUAAAAUUUGGAAAAACUAUCGUCAUCGAUUCGUCCCUUGGAUGGCCGCUAACAUCAAAACUGCUCAACGACGAGUGGUGGCUGUGUCGACAGACAAGACAGCUUCUGAUGAGGACCUUAAAAAAGCUGUAUUGAAAGUGACCUAUAAUUUAGACAAGAAAUUUAGAAAAUCUCUUGAGAUUGAUACCGAAUCUAUCAUGUUAAAUGUUCUUGGUUACAGUGUGAAGCGUAUGAAGAGUCGUUUAAAGGGUGGUGGGACUGGUGUAGUGUUGUCUCUUGGCUCUGCGCAAAAGGGAGACUUGAUAGCAUUUUACCCUGGCACACUCUAUCGACGCUUUGAACCGCUGUUACUUCCCUCUUUAGGCAACCAGUUCAUUCUCCGAUGCAUGGAUGGAAUUCAUGUAGAUGGGAAUGACAGGUUUCUCUCUAAAAGCAUAUUUCAUUCUUGUGUAAAUCGAGACUCAUUUGGUCAGUAUCGAGCUGCUGACACAUCUUGGAUUACAAAGCAGCCCGUUGUUCCUUGGAAUAUUGGUCAGUAUGUUAAUAAUGGAACCAAAGAAUGUCCGCCAAAUGUUGCAUAUCAAGAGUUUGAUAUUGAAAAUUUUCCACCAGAAUUAGAUUAUUUGUUACCAAAUAUUUGGUAUAGUGGUCCUAGAGGAAGACACCUGAGAACUGUUGCUCUUGUUGCAACCAGAAAAAUUCAACAAGGUGAUGAAAUUUUUUCAAAUUAUGUAACACUCCUUCAUGACCAUUAA